UAAUAUAUCAAUUAUCAACUAUUUCGAUUUUAGAGAUUCGAGUAAUGAGUAUUUUUAUUUUAUAAUUGCUAUGUUUAAUUGGGUUAAUUCUAAAGAUCUAUGCGACUAGAUUUACCUUUUCAUUUUAUGCAUUGCAAAAUAAAUCAGUAAAUACCUAGCAGAUGUCGGGGGGUGAAUACAGAUACGUCUGGCGCAUUGCGUUUCGGAAUUUUUUAAAUUCUUUUCGACCUCGACAAAUACGUGGUAAUGAAAUAGGAAAAGAUUAUAUUGGAAAUGUAUAUUAUGAAAUACCAGCUGAUCCAAGUAGAGGCAAAAGAAAACCAGCACGUUGGUAUGACCCACCUAAAGGCCUAGAUUUUCAAGAUCCAUUGCCUGCUGAGUGGGAGUCUUGGCUUCGAAUGAGAAGAUCGGAGCCACCUACAAAUGAGGAAAUAGCAAAUAACUUAGCUGUAGCUGAAAUGAAGAAAUUAAAUGCUGAUAAGAUAGAAGCUAAAAGACUUGAAGAUGGUGGUUCUCUCCCAACAGCUGUAGAAAGAGGUCCUCAAUCUUUUCCUAAAUACAAGGAUUUCCAUGUAGGAGACAUAGAAGAUCAUCAUAGAAAUAAAUAUUAGUUGUUAGUGGUAAUAAAUAUGUGUGAUAAUUAAUUACAUACAAAAUAAAGUUUAUUUAUUUUGA